AUUAAAUAAUGCCACUUCUUAGGUAGGUGAACUAGCGUAUGUUUCUCUCGCUUAUAUCUAUGUAGAGGAGGUAGGCUGGCCCCUAGAUGAUAAUCGUUGCUCAACCCUGUGCAGUUUUCAUAGUUCUUUUUGCUGUUAGAGAAUACAAUUGUUCAGAGGCGAUUUCCUUGUUUUCCAUGUGUUCACUUACUUUGUGCAGUGGAACCCUAUCAAAUUAUUAAUGAUACUCUGAAUACCUAAAGAAAAUUUAGUUGUUUGCAGGCAUACCAACGGUCUGUGGAAAUGUGAAAUUUGUUAAGUCCUAAUAGGCAUAACAUGGCAUGUUAAACUUUGCAUUUUGAGCUGUUAUCCUUUUCUUCUUACAAAGGCAUCAUUCUUUUUUUUCUGUUGUCUUUCAAAAGAAUUAGGUUUUUGCUUGUUUAUCUAAUAAAAAUGUUUACAGUGUCCUGGUUUCAGCUGGGAUAGAGAUAAUUUUCUUCCCAGUAGCUGCUGUGUUUUACAGCCAGUAUGAGAAGAGUGUUGAUAAUUCACUGAUAGUUUUCAGCUGUGCUUAAGAAACCCAGGUCUUUUUCAGUUUCCCAUGCUCUGCUAGUGGUCUGGUGCAGAAGAAGCUGAGAGGAGCACAGCCAGGCACCUGACCCAAGCUGGUUAAAUAAAUGUUUGAUACCAUAUAAUGUCAUGCUUGGUAUAUAAAUGGCAAGUUGGCUGGGGGUCAGGGUUCACUGCUCAGGGGCUGCUGCCCAGGAGUGAGCAGUUGUGUUGUGUGUUACUUGUUUGGUAUUUGUUAUUAUUAUUCUUACUACUACUAUUAUUCUCUCUUCCUUUUGCUGUCUUAUUAAAUGGUUCAGUCCAUGAAUUUUCUUUUUUUUUUUCUAAUUCUCUUUAUCCCCCUGGGGGUGUGUGGUCUUAGUUGCUGGUUGUGGUUAAACCUUGACACAUUUGAUGUGAUGAAUUGAAAAGGAAUUUAAACUAAAUAAAAAGUCAGUAUAUUAUCAACUUAUUCUAACCAUUUAAUGAUAUAAUGGAGAAGUAGGUGAGUGGAGCAUUGAAAUGGGAAUUUUGUUUCGAGAUGUUUCAGGAAGUUUUAUUUGAAACCUGAUUGUGAAGUUUUGAAGAGUAAGUGUAUUUUGCUGGCUCUGCUUAGUUGAUACUUAUGUAUGAAAUAAUGUAUUGUGGGUCUUCAGUAGCUCAGCAGAGAGGUGGGGAGGAGCAGCCAUGCUUUUGUACCAACUUGGAGAGUUUUUAGAGUUAAAAGCAGUACUGGCCAAGUUGAGGUAGUCUUCAGCAGCUGCUUGAAAUUCAGAGCUUUUUCUUGUCUUCUGCAGUUGGUCCCACUCUCUAAAAACUCCACAUCACCUCGUGCUGUGUUCUCCAAUGCAGCUUCCUCCCUCCUCGCUCUGCAGGCUUGCACAGCUGGAAAAAUGGUCAUGAAAAAGAAUUAUGUGGCAAAAAUGGGAAGUGUGAAAACUGGGACUCUUGGGAAGAACUUGUAACUAAUUUCCAUUCUGAAAUUCUAAUAAUUAAUUCCAAAACUUGUAUGAUUUUGAAUUGAAACAAAAGAGUAGAAAUUGGAAUAAUCGCGUUUCUUUGAAUAAGUAACAACAAUGCAACGAAGGCAGGGAAGAGUCAAUGCUGGAUUGCUUUUGCUGCUUUAUCAAAUUUCUCAAGUUGGACUCCAGAACAUUCCGUCUGUUACCCUUGGGGUACUUGCUCUGAAUAUUUUUCUCUAUCUGAAUCCUGUAAGACCACUGCCUGAAGUCUGUAUCAGCGUGCAUGAAGGCUUCUACAGAAAGAACUGGCAGCGUUUACUGCUUUCUCCUGUCCACCAUGCAGAUGACUGGCAUUUAUAUUACAACAUGAUUUCCAUGCUUUGGAAGGGAAUGAUGCUGGAAAGAAAACUGAAGAGCGUAUGGUUUGCAUACGUAAUUGCAGUAUUUUCAGUGCUGAUUGGAGUUGUUUAUAUGGUGUUGGAAUUCAUGUGUAUGGAAAUUCUCGAUGAUCCUUCAUAUAAAAUGAAUUGUGCUGUAGGGUUUUCAGCCUCUUCCACUGAGGGGUUUGGCUACCUGUGCUCAAAGACUGCUCUGAUAUGGUGCACCUGUGACCUUCCUCAGACUAGUGGGGAAAGAGGAGUCUUGUUUGCUUUGAAAGUUCUUAACAACCAUUACAAUCCAGGAAGAGUCAGCAGUGUCCUUGGAUUGCAGAUAUCCAGUAAAUAUGCUUGUUGGGUGGAGCUGAUAGCUAUUCAUUUAAUUUCCCCAGGGACUUCUUUUGCUGGGCAUCUGGCAGGGAUUCUUGUUGGAUUGAUGUACACUAUGGGCCCUCUGAAAAAGAUCAUGAAGGCCUGUGCAGGUGGCGUUUCUUUAUUCACUGACCCUGCCAGGCCAAGGGACUACUAUACAGACUAUUAUCGCUAUCCAGGUUAUCAGUACAGAAGGCCAAGGAGCUAUGAUGAUUACACAGGUGGGCUUACUGAAGAAGAACAGCUUGAAAGGGCAGUGCUCAACAGUCUUAAUGAAAGAGGUUUUGGUGGAGCAACAUAUAACAGUGAGCGGCGACCCUAUGGGUUUUGGUUUCCACCGGAGCAGCGUUCAGAAGAGAUGAGAAGGCAUAGGCUUCGUAGGUUUGAGAGGCGAUGAAGUUGGCAGGUGUUGAUGUAUAUUGUAAACUGCUAUUCAGUUAUCAAAAGAUUUGUCAAUUUAGUUGUAAUACGCAGAUUUGUUUGUAAUGUUUUCCCAUUUUUUUUUUUUACUUUGGAGGGUUUUGUGAGUUCAGGCUCAAAAUUGCAUAAACUGUGUGAGAUAGGAAUGAAAAUGUGCUCUUUGGCAGCUUCCAUCAUAAUGCACCUUAAAUACGGAAGAAGGCUGAUGGUUUUACCAAACUGCCUUUUUUCGUAAGUUCUUUUGUGUAGCUUCAAGAAUUCCUUGGCUUUUUGACUGCUCAGGCAACAGUUUUUCUUCAUCCAUCACAGAUGAAAAAAACAUUUUUUUUAAUACAAGCGUAAAACUAUGCAGUUCUUACUUGCGACUGGUCUCUGUUUACCUAUGAGGACCAACUGGUUUUGGGAUUGGCAUGUGAAAUGUCAGUUGGAAAGACUGCUUUGACAACAGUGAGAUCUUGCGAGUUGAGGCUUCUGCUUUGCAGCAGUCUGGCAAACUGUGUAAAAACAGUUUCAACUCUCCUUACCCAUACAAACUAUUUAAUACAACCUUUAGUGUUGCAGUCUUACUUAAAACAUGCCAUGUUAUCUAAAGCUUGUAUGUGAUAAAAAUGAGCUGUAACUACUUACUUCCUAAAGCCUUUCUUAAUAUUUAUGUUUUAAAUGAAAUGCUUCCCUUUAGAGUUCAAAGAAUUUGUUAGAGAUUUAUGGAAAGGGAGGUGGAUGUGCCAUACAAAGAAUAUAUUUAUUUAGUGACUUAUACAUUUUCAAAACAUGUUUCCCUUUUUAAGAAGGUUUAGAAAUUGUACUGUGUUUGUCCUGUUGAUGUAGAUGAAGAAAUUCUACUGUGUCUCUGUAUGUGUCUCAUUUGACACCCUGCAGCAGCAGUAAGAGUCUGCAGGCUUGUUGACAUCUUGCCUAAACGCCAGCUACCUUGAAUUCUUCAAUUCCCUACCUGACUUCAGAGGAGUUGAUAGGAGACCAGAGCGUUCAGCUGUCACUGUGGGCAGGCCCUCCCCUCGCUGCCUGUCGCCCAGUGCCUGUCCUGCUGGAGCACCUCUGCCCGUUUAGUAACGUGAACUGCUGACCCUGAUGGGUUUUUGUUCUGGUGUCACUCAAAAAUUACUUAUGGCCCAGGGUUUUUCCUCAUAAUGGCAAGAAUUCUUCUGAAGCAGGGGAUGAUCCUCUGUAAUUGUUUUCUGUCCUGAAGAGGUGUGGUUGCACAGGAAUAGUUUGAUUAUUUGCCUUUGGCAUAGAGCUGUUGGAAUCUCUUCAGCACCAACUUAGAGCAUUAGGAUGAACAACUUAAUGCUUUCUUUUCAGGUAACCGUGAUCACCAGUCUGUGCUUUACAAACUACUUUUCUAUGCAGUUGUAGUUUGAAUGUAAAAUCUUAAUGUUCUAUUUUUCAUAUAGAAAAAGUCUUGAAACUAAUUUUUUUACUGUGUUCUUUAAAUAAAGCGUGCACCUUCUGGUUGUAACUAAGUUUUUGUUUGCUGAAAAAUGCACAAGCUGUUCUUUCUCUCCGGUGCCAAUCUCACUUUCACCUGUUUGGCUCUACCUGUUGGCAAUUCUUUUGCCAAGUAGCAGCAGCAGCACUGUGUUCUUCUGCUCCAAGAGCCAAAAGACAUGACUGCAGUGUGACUUGGGACGCACUUGUUCAGGUAGGCUACAAACACUGUUAAUGUUCUGCAAAGUGUUUGCUGGCAGACACGUUGUACGUAAGGAACGCUUACAAUCUGGGUUGUUUUUCUGUGUAUGCUGGAGCCAUCAAAUAGACCAGCAGAUACUUUUAUAGUAGGUGAACUUUUCCAUGCUCACGAAAAAUCAGUAUGAAGAAGCUGCAUAGUGUUUACAUAGUCUUCUUAGAGGGUAAUAAUCAGCUGUAAAGGAGGAGAGGCAGCGCUGGUUCCUCAAACUCAUCUCUUACUGCUCUGGUCAAAAGUUUCAGCGUGACUUACUGUGUCUGUUAAGCUCUGUUAUUUUAAUUAUUUAAAACUACUGGAAAAAAACCCAACCCAAACACCUAAGUAAAAUAAAAAACAUGAUUGCAGUUUUAAAAGCAUUUGUUUUCUUAAAGUGUGGUUAGAAAUACGUGCCACUAAGUAUUCACACAGUACUAAUAAUUGUUGAGCUGUUUUGACUUUUUGUAUGCAAAAGGGAAAUACAUUUUUUUAUAUGUGAAACAGUUUUUUCUCAUUAUAGUGAUUAAUAAACUGUAUAUUUUAAAUUAUAGCACUGCCACUGUAUCUUUAGAAACA